GACCCGCGGGUGUCCGAAGCGGCGGCAUGGCGGGGCGGCGGGUGAACGUGAACGUGGGCGUGCUGGGCCACAUCGACAGCGGCAAGACGGCGCUGGCGCGCGCGCUGAGCACCACGGCCUCCACCGCCGCCUUCGACAAGCAGCCGCAGAGCCGGGAGCGCGGCAUCACGCUCGACCUGGGCUUCUCCUGCUUCUGCGUGCCGCUGCCCGCGCGCCUGCGGUCGGCCCUGCCCGCGCCCGACGCGGCGGCCGAGCCCGGGGAGCCGCUGCUGCAGGUCACGCUGGUCGACUGUCCCGGGCACGCCUCCCUCAUCCGGACCAUCAUCGGCGGCGCCCAGAUCAUUGAUCUGAUGCUGUUGGUCAUCGAUGUCACCAAGGGCAUGCAGACCCAGUCGGCGGAAUGCCUGGUCAUCGGCCAGAUCGCCUGCCAGAGGCUGGUCGUCGUGCUCAACAAAACGGACCUCCUGGCCGAAGACAAGAGACAGGCGGCCAUUGAGAAGAUGACCAGGAAAAUGCGCAAGACGCUGGAGAACACCAAGUUCCGAGGCGCACCGAUCGUGCCCGUGGCAGCCAAGCCCGGGGGGCCCGACGCCCCCGAAUCCGAAGCUCCGCAGGGCAUUUCGGAGCUCAUCGAGCUCCUGACGUCCCAGAUCUCCGUCCCGGCGAGGGACCCCUCGGGCCCGUUCCUCAUGUCCGUGGACCACUGUUUCUCCAUCAGAGGCCAAGGCACCGUGAUGACGGGGACCAUCCUGUCGGGCUCCAUCAGCCUCGGCGACAGCGUGGAGAUUCCCGCCCUCAAGGUGGUGAAGAAGGUCAAGUCCAUGCAGUCCUUCCACACGCCGGUCACCGCCGCCACGCAGGGGGACCGGCUGGGCAUCUGCGUGACCCAGUUCGACCCCAAGCUGCUGGAGCGCGGCCUCGCGUGCUCCCCGGGGACCCUGCACACCGUCCACGCCGCCCUCGUCUCUGUGGAGAAGAUCCCGUACUUCCGGGGUCCCCUGCAGACCAAGGCCAAGUUCCACGUCACCGUGGGCCACGACACGGUCAUGGGCCGGGUCAUGUUCUUCGGGCCGGCCCCCGACGGUGCGGACGGCGAGGCCGCGCCGGACGCCUUCGACUUCUCCCGGGAAUACCUGUUCCAGGAGCAGUACCUGUGCAAGGACCCGGCGCCCGCGGGGACGGGCGGGGACACGGGGGACACGAAGGCGGGCCCGGCCGCGGAGGGCGGCUGUCCCCGGCAGCAGUGGGCGCUGCUGGAGUUCGAGAGGCCCGUGACCUGCCCGCGGCGCUGCCUGGUCAUCGGCUCGAGGCUGGACGCGGACGUCCACGCCAGCGCCUGUCGCCUGGCCUUCCACGGCGUCCUGCUGCACGGGCUGGAGGACAGGGGCUACGCCGAGACCUGCCUGCCGUCCCUGAAGGUGUUCAAGAUGAAGCACCGGCACGGCGUCGUGGAGCGGGCGAUGGACGACCACAGCGUGAUCGGCCGCUCGCUGUUCAAGAAGGAGACCAACAUCCAGCUGUUCGUGGGGCUCCGAGUGCGACUGUCCACCGGCGAGCUGGGCGUCAUCGACAGCGCCUUCGGCCAGAGCGGCAAGUUCAAAGUCCUCGUCCCCGGUGGCCUCAGCCCCGAGUCCAGGAGGAUCCUGACGCCCGCCCUCAAGAAACGGGGCCGCGGGGGCCGCGGGGAGGCGGCCGGGCCGGAGGAGGGUGCCGAGCGCGCGGAGGCCACCCAGCACGUGACACUCAGCCUGUCUUUCAAGCGUUACGUCUUUGACCCCCACAAGCGCAUGGUCCAGUCCCCCUGAGACCCGGCGACCUCCUCGGGGGGCCUCCUCGCCCCGGCCCGGCCCGGCCCGGGCUGCUGCGCCACAGGCCCGGUGAGAAGCAGGGGACGGGGCCAGGCGGGGGGGAGGGGGAUGUCACCAGGACCGGGAGGCUCUGUCCCUCUCUCCACCCCGGGGCAGCCACCAGGAAAGGGCGGUGGCCGGGGGACCUGGUGCCGGCGUCUGCCACUCGGCCCCGGCCUCUGGCCGUCUGUGGGCCUCACCUCUCCCCACCCCUGUCCCCCAGGCCUCGA